CUACCACGACUCUUGCAUAAAUAGACAGAGCUUAGAUACAAUUACCUCACUUCUCACUCAGAUCUAUAUCCAUAUGUAUGACAGGUAUGGCUCCCGGAGUCGAAGUGUAAAGCAAUGGCGGAAGAAGACACUUCGUCCGAGCAACAGGGUGAUGGUUCACAGGACUGGUUUUUGAAACAUGGGGAUUGGAUUGAGACAAACAUCAAACAACGAGACUGCCACACUUACUUAAGCAAUCAUUUCAAUGGCUUCGACUGUGUGUGUGGAAAAUCCAAAGAGGAACAUAAAACGUGUCAAGAGCCAGGAAAAUGGAAAAAAGAACUUAGAACACAAACAGGCGCCACACAAUUUUAUGGAACCACAGAGAUUGGAGACGGCGAUGAAGUACAGUUUGUCAGGAUAGAUGAGGAUACUCCAUUCAAACACAUCAAGCAUCUGCUUUUAGAAGUAUGGAAUAUCAACGAGCCGAAAUGGAUUUUACCACUGAUUGGAACCAGCGCUAAUGAUUUAGAAAUGGAGGAAAAGCUGAAAGAGGCAAUCUUGUUUGUGUUUAAAAAACUGUCGACAGUAUCAGAGUUGUGGAUUCUGUCUGAUGGCUUGCAUGCUGGGUUAUCCGGGUAUAUAGCAGAUGCUAAAGCAGACCAUGAUGUGCUUGGAGAGAGGAUCACUUCAAUCGGAUUUUCAUCCUGGGCGGAAGGCCUCAUGGAAAAGGGAAAUGGUUCUGGUCGUUUUACAUACAGAACUCUCUGGGAAGACAUAGGAAGUACAAUGAGCCAUCUGAUGUUGGUUGAUAAUGGAACAGUCGACCCAUAUCUGUGCACCAUGUCGAGCUCGUCUUUUUUCACGAAGACAAUUGCCGGAUUAUCAGUCCCUGAAGAUGGAUCUCGUGCCAUUCCUGCAGUUGCGAUCCUUUUUGGUGGUGAACUGUACUCAUUAGAGAGUAUCAGAAACUGUGUGAAAGAGAACAUUCCAGUUAUUAUUGUGAAGGAUUCGGGUGGUAUAGCAGACGCCUUUUGUUUUGCAUUGGAAAAGUCGAAAGGUGUUUCUCAAAAGAUGAAAGAUGACAGAAAUGAACGUUUCGGAAUUGUCAUCAGUCAGCGUGCAAAGGAGCAACUAAGUGAGAUGCUUGGCCAAGUUGACGAAUACGUGCAGGUCAUCCUGCAUUGUCUUCAAAGGCGUGAUCUCCUCUCUGUCGUUGACCUGUCACUCAACGGGUCCCUUUUCCAAGGAAUCAUGUCGGCAAUUAUCAGAACGAAAACAAGUACCGAGUUGAUAUCAAUGGUGGAUGAUUAUUUGCCAACACCCGUGUACAGUAGAAAGUCAAAGGAUAAAGCUGAGAUUCAUAUUGAAAACCAGAACUUGUUCAUCUAUAAAGACUACUUUGAAUCUGAAAACAUUGUUAACAUGGUUUUCAAAGAAGCAAUUCUACAAGAAAAGUCGGAAUGCGUUGAAUUCCUACUUGAAUGUGGAGUUUCCGCAGUGGAAGAUCUUGACAUGUUGGAACUAUACGAAGAGACAAAGAAAGGGCUGAGGAAGACCGUGUUCGCAAUAUUCAACAAUUGCAAGAGCAAUGUCUCACAGAAACAGAAGAAAGAAAACAGGAAGGGGUCAGAGAUGAAAGAUAACCAGACAGGGGUAGAUCCUUCAGAGAUCAGCAGAAGGCAGCAAGAAGCUGAUGAGAUAAUACACUCAUUCACGGAUAGACUUCUCGAGCAGUUUGUACCAAGCGCUUUUGUUAACAACGAACAGAACACCGACAGCACACGAAAGAGCACAACGGAAAUUGACACUGAUCAUGGAAGGGAAGGGAAAACAGUCGGAAGAGAAAAAUUCACACAGCUGUUCUUGUGGGCGGUUUUAACAAACAGGAAAGUCGUGGCUCAACAGUUUUGGACUCGAGGACAGGACCUCAUGGUGUCCGCUCUGAUAGCUGGCACCAUCAUGGACGCCAUUGCAGAGAAAACAUAUAACAGCAAGAAGAAAGCUAUACGAGAGGCAAAUGCAAGUUUCUACCGAUCACUGACAAUCGGGACACUGGAUGCGUGUUAUUGGGAUCACAAGAAGACUUCAGUGAAGCUUAUCGAAAAGAGAAUCAAAGACAACAUCUGGAAUAUCGAUUUUCUCGCCCUCGCCUUCGAAAGUAAAAACUCGAGUAUAUUCAAAAGUGAAGGCAUUGUGUUCUAUACCUUAUCAAAGUGGUAUGGCGACAUUCCCAAAUCUACAUCUAUACUGAAGCUCAUCGGAUGUACGUUGUGUCCAGCCUUCAUUUUUUGCUUACUGAAGAAGAAAUCAGACACAGACAGAAAAUAUGACAGCCAUGAAGGCCAACACGGCGCGCCAGAGAAGACUACUACCACGAAGAAAGCGUGUGUUGGCUGCUCUCGUCUCGGAGCAUAUUAUUCGACCCCAGUGAUCAAGUACACAUCGAACCUUCUGAUCUACUGUAUUUUCCUCGGUCUGUACGCCCAUUUCAUGCUGAUUGUACUCACACUGGAUUUCAAAUGGAACUGGGAGAUCCCACUGCUCUUUUGGAUGGUAGCUUUUAUUGUGGAGGAAGUCAUACAGGUUGCACAAUUCACGGAAGAACAACAGCAAAAAUCAAGGAAAAAGCGUAGAGAAAAAUCAUUUCGCCGCUUUCGUAAGAUUGUUCGACUUUACUUCCAAGAUAAAUGGAACUUUCUGGACUGUGUUUGUGUUGUUGGAUUCAUCAUUGGCUACACUUUGCGUUGCGUUCCAGCCACCUACGAUUAUGGACGUUUAUUCCUCAGCAUUAACUGCAUGUGUUUUAUCUGGCGAUUUCUUCAAGCCUUCACUUUGAGCAAGACGAUCGGUCCAAUGUUAUACAUGAUGUUCAAAAUGGUGAAAGACCUUCUGCCGUUUCUGGUGAUCUUGUGUGUGGCGCUAUUUUCCUAUGCAGUUUGCACGGAAGCUAUCCUUUACCCGAAUUCAGUUUGGUCAAUCGACUUUGUUUUUCAAAUCCCCGUAACCGCAUUCUGGUUGAUAUUUGGAGAAUUGGACUUCUUGGGAGAACUUGAAACCUGUACCAAACCAAUAUGUCCCUCGUACAUUGGAAUAAAAACGGUUCCAUAUUUCACGGCAGUGUACAUGAUCAUGACCAACGUCUUGUUACUGAACCUCCUAAUCGCACGAUUCAACCACAUUUUCGAGGAAGUAAGAGGAAACACGGACGAAGUAUGGGCAAGACAGAGGUGCAGUCUCAUGUUGGAAUAUGAAAGUAAACCUCCUGUACCUAUUCCCUUCUCCAUUUUGUGGAGGAUGAUUUCUCGCCUUUGUUCUUGUCGGUGCAAAUGCAACCGUGGAAAAUUGAAACAACACCCAGGUGACGAUAAGACGGAUGUUGCUCUAACGCCUCCGCAGGAGGAUUACAACGAAGACAACUGUGACACUCAGACGACAGAUUUAAACAUUCCAGAUCAUGGUAAUGAAGAGCCCAGUAUAGACUAUUACGAAGGGAAAGGGCCAAUUGAACCACCCGUUACAAUACUUCCAGGCCAGUGCAAUAUAUCUGAGACAUCUGAUGGCGAUGGUGUUGGCGGUUACCACCAAGACCUGGAAGCUGCAGAUGUUGGUGGUGAGGAGGAAAGUCAACUGAAUGAGGAAGGCGUCAGCGAGCAAUCAGAUACCCAGAUUACUGAAACCGAUGCCAUAGACGAAGAUGUGGAUGCUCAAGGGGAUCACGAAGAUGACUCUAACCAGCAGACCUCGGAGACUCAGCAAGAUGAAAACUAUGAUUAUGGGGGUAACAAUGAUGCAAAAGCAGCCGAAGCUGAGGAAACAGGCGAGGAUUUGGAAGGUCCACAGGUUGAAGAAGAAUAUGAUGAGGAAGUCUACUAUGGUUACUACUAUGACGAUUCGGAAGUUUGUACUGACGAUGACACGGACAUGGAAUUCGAUCCAAGUCGAGAAGAAACAGAAACACAAAAUGAUGACAAUAAAAGAAAGGGAGAAAUGAAUCUGGAUGAAUUCGAGAGGGCAAAUGCUGAACUAUACCUUCACGAAAGAGUUAAGCUUGCAAAUUAAUAAUGUGUUGAUUCUGCAGAACAUGUGUUGAAAACCAGUACAACAUGUAUAUAUAUGUGUGUGUAUUUGUAGCAGCAAAUGACAUA